CGAUAGAAAGGAGUAACAUAUAUAAAGCCAUCUUGUAAUUCCGUUAUUUACCCCUGACAUUUCUUUUCUUGUAAAAAUAAACAACUCAUUUUCUAACGUGAAUUAUUAUUAUCAGGAGAUUGAUAUAACCGUGUCUAGUACAUCUUUCAAGUAUGAAUAACUCCAGCGUUCCAAGUACAGUUUCGACGUCUGAAGGGCUCAGCUACCUCUCAACCACAAUUGUGUAUGUCCUGUUUGGCGUAUUUGGAAUCAUUGGCAAUGGGCUCGUACUCCUUGUUAUUGCCAGAGUCGGUGAUCUCCAGAGUAUCACAAAUCUCUUCAUCGCCAACCAAUCCCUGAUCGAUCUGUGUACGUCGGUUAUCCUAAUCGCUAACUAUGUUCUACCACUACCAUCACUGCCAAAAGAUCGACCAGGUCUGGCUACGUUUAUCUGCCGUUACUGGUAUAGUAGGUACCCGUUCUGGUCACUUAUCGUAGCUAGUUCUCUGAACCUGGUCUUGAUGACACUGGAACGUUUUUGUGCCGUAUUUUACCCCAUCCGUUUCAGACAACAUACCAACUAUAAGCUCCUCAAGUUCAUCGCAUUCCUCCCAUGGGCUAUAGGGUUUUUAUUCCAGCUCUCGUCGGGGUAUUUUACCUUCUUUGAUGGUAACGACUGCAUACAAUCAUUCUUUUCUCAUCCUGCUUUCAAGAACGUCUUUCAACCUGUAGCCGUUACUCUGGAAUUCAUAUUGCCUGUCGUUGUUAUGGUUGUCGUGUACACAGGGAUCUUCAUUCGGCUUCGCAACGAUAGUAUGCGCGCAUUCAAUCAUUCUACGCGAGGCGAGAAGAAGCCCAAUUCAAAAAUCGCAAGCCAACAACCGCGCAUCGCCGAUUACCGGAGCAGAGCAAGAAGAAAUAUCAUAAAGACCCUACUAAUGGUUUCGGUAUUCUUUAUUGUAUGUUGGUCUACGAAUAUGGUCUUACUCUUCAUCUUCAAUUGCUGUGGAGCGGGCGUGGACUUGAACAGCUUGCUCUAUAAGAUUUCCGUGAUUCUUGGUUUUGGAAACAUGUGGAUAAAUCCCUUCAUUUAUUCUUUUCAAUACCGCUGGUUUCAGAAAGGUCUAAGAAAGGUCUUCUGCAAAGGUAACAGAAAGAGCAAAACUGAAGCGGUACAAACAAUUUCCAAGGCUCGGAAUCAGACAAGUGAAACGGUUUCUAUUUAA